AUGGCCAGUGGUGUGUCUAUGGCACCUGCUGGAGUUCCUGCACUGGCCCUGGCACCAGCACCCAUGCUGGCCGCUAGACCUUCUGUAGCCCCAUCUCCAGGACCGGGUACACCCGGUUCCAUCACCUCGAAAGAAUGGGUUAUCCCACCACGCCCCAAGCCUGGUCGCAAGCCAGCUACGGAUACACCGCCAACCAAACGCAAAGCGCAGAACCGGGCAGCUCAACGAGCGUUCCGUGAGCGUCGCGCCGCCCGAGUUAGCGAACUGGAAGAGCAAAUGAAGGAAAUGGAAGAUAGCCAUGAGGUUCAGCUCUCCUCGCUCCAACAACAGAUUGGCAACCUCUCCGGUGAGGUUGACCAGUGCCGCGAGGAGAUGGGUUGGUGGCGCGACCGAUGCCACGCUUUGGAGAAGGAAGUAUCGAUUGAGCGCAGCGCAAAGGAAGCCAUUGUCAAGGAAUUCCGGUCAUCUCUUGCUGGCCCUAAUGUCAGCAAGGUCACACCCAUUCCUGACUCUGUGCCCUUGCCGCCUCGCAAGACCAGAAGCUCCCGAAUGGAGGGUAUUCAACCUACUAGUACCGAACGUAACAAGGAGGAUGGACAGAUGAAUGUACCCCUUGGCUGCAACAACUGCUCCAACUCCCACUGCCAGUGCAUUGAAGAUGCAUUCGGCAUGCAAAUUGAUACCCAUGAGUCAUCUCGUGCUAGACACGCACCCCAUGGCGUGGGCAGUCCGGACCGCGAUCAUAGGGAUCCCCACAUCAAGCCCGAUCCGGAAGAGAUGGAAAUCGACUUCACCGCUCAAUUCUCCAGCGCUCCAACCCAGUCCCACGACCACGAAAUUUCCUCGCCCCCCGUUGAUCCCUGCGGGUUUUGCCAGGAUGGCACUCCCUGUAUCUGCGCUGAGAUGGCCGCACAGGAGCAGCAGCGUGUACGCAAUGCCAACGCAUUCGAGACCAACCGUCUCGCACCAAUCCAAUCCAUCUCCCAGUUCACACCACCCCCUUCUGAGGGAGACGUCCGCUCAGAAGUGACUCUCCCACCCAUCAGCCAAGCGACCAACCCCUGUGCCAAUGGGCCAGGCACUUGCGCCCAGUGUGUUGCCGACCCUCGAAGCACUCUUUUUUGCAAGACGUUGGCAGCCUCCCGGUCAGCGAGCGGAACUCCAUCGGGAGGAGGCUGCUGCGGAGGUGCAGGAAAGGAUGGCGGAUGCUGUAUGUCAAGAGAUGCCCCCGCCACCUCGUCCAACUCGCGUAGCAACGCCACCAUGCCUUCGCAACCUCCCGCACCCAAGCCCGCUCCGCCCUCCGAGCUAACGCUCAGCUGUGCCGAUGCCUUCACCACCCUAUCCCGCCACCCGAAUUUCUCCCGUGCCAGUGACGAGAUCUCAACCUGGCUGCCAAAGCUCCACACCCUCCCCAACCCCCGCGACCUCGCUAUCCCAGAGACCCGUGCUGCCAUGGAAGUCGAGGCUGCAAGUGUCAUGGGUGUGCUGCGAUACUUCGACCGCCGUUUCGCUGAAAAAUAA